AUGCAAUCAGAAGGCGUGGGCAGUCAUCCCAUUACAGUGGCCAUCAAGCUGACUCUGCAAUCGCUGCGCCCCCCAGCGGUGGAAAUUGGACAGUCGGCUCCGCCCGAGCCCGGUGAAAGUGAAACUCGGGCCGAGCGGAAGCUGCCCGUUGGUGUGCUGUCGGGUUUACAACGAGAGAAGCGCCGGAUCGGGUCACGCACACACACACAGAGAGGGGCCAUGGGCCCGGUGAGGAGCUCGCUGCCGCCUCUGGUCCCGGUGUUAGCACUGCUGACCCUGGUACCGCACUCAGAACAAGGUGACCUAAUUGUGUCGAUGAAUUCAGGAAUUGUGAAAGCCACCGUAAAUAAAGAUGUUGUUCUGGAGUGCCGAGUUUCUGACUACAGAAGAAAAAUUGAGCUUAAAAACAUGGGCGUCCAGUGGUUCUACCAAGAAUCAGGCUCUCUAGAUGCGCAGAAACGAGAGGUUUAUCAAUUCAUUGCUGGCAAACAUAUACCAUACAGAAAAGGAGCCACAAUUAUUGACGAUUAUUUGAAGGAAGGAAUAGCUUCCCUUUUUCUUCCAAGUGUGCAAUUUUCUGAAGCGGGAGAUUACACUUGUAUUGUUUUUAUAACCCCGGACAGUGGAAGUGGAUGGUCAUCAAUGACUGUUUCAGCCCCGCCAAAGGUAAGCUUAUCUGCGACUGCAAUCACAAUUGAACAUGGUACGGAGAAAUCAGUGAAAUGUGACAGUGUUGAUUUUUAUCCUGUCUCAAUUGAGAUGGGCUGGAUACAGAAAACCAAAAACGAGGAACAAAUGCUUUCAAAACACAUCUGCACAGGAUCCCCAGUUCAACAUGAAAAUGGAACCUACAGCGUUUCCAGCCGACUGAGGUUGAGACCAACCCUUGAAGACAGUGGCAAUAUUUAUAUCUGCUAUGUGAGGCACUCAUCACUUAAUAAGGAUUUAAAACUGGAAGCCCAACUGACUGUCAAAGAGCCAGAAGUUGUUGUACCAGUAGGGAUAAUAACUGGAUGUGUAAUCCUUAGUAUAUUGGCAUGUACAGCAGUUGCAGGCAUUGGAUUUUUUGUGUAUCUGAAGUACCUUAAAAAAGUUCCUCCAAAAGUUUCCGCUAUCAGCCACCCUCCAAGAAUUAUACAUUUCCAAGAGGCUCUCAUGAAUUGUCAGAUUUCCGGAUAUAGACCUGGGAACAUUUCUAUUUGUUGGUUGCUACAAAGAAAAAACAGUAGGGAACCAAAUGUAAUUUAUUCAUGGAGCUCUACACCUCAGAGCUUACAGGAUUCUGGACCAGAUGAGCAGAAGAAACUAAUUUCAAAACAUACAUCUCAAAUUGAAGAAGAUAAAUCCUUUAAUUUUAAGGUGCCGAUUGUUAAGCUCAACAACGAUGGUAGCACCAGCGUGAAUUGUGAAGUUUCGUUCUGGCCUGAUAUAAAUACAGAUAAUCAAGCUAUCCUCCAGGUUCAAGUACACCAUUGUGCUCUCAAAAUGCCUAUAAUUAAGCAGACUUGCCUGAAAGUUGAAGGAAUUGGACCAAGAAUGACUGACCCAGUGAUACCACAGUGUAUUAUUCAUGAAGAAGUGCUUGCUGUGACCUGCCCAAUCAAUGGAUUUAAACCUAGACCGCUGGCUAUCACCUGGUACAAAGAAAAGAAUGCAGUAAAAAAAGAAAUUGGGAAACUUCAACCAGGAAAAACAGAGUUCUUUGAAAUAACAGAACCAGGGCAACAAAAGUACACCCACAGUACAACUGAGCUGAAACAUGAAGACCACACGCACACUGUUGCCAGUGUUUUGUAUUUUAUACCAACUAUUAAGGAAGAUCAUGAAGCAGCAUAUAUUUGUGAAGUAACACAUCCAGCCACAGACACACAAAUAAGUGAACGGAUUAAGCUAAAUUUAACAGCUGUCCCAAAAUGUGAUAAUAUAAAACUGUCACCAGAAACUCCGAUUGUUGAUGAACAAACAAUGGCAUCUUGCAGAAUAUACUCAUUCUUUCCAAAAAGCAUUAAAGUUAUCUGGAAAAAGGGUGAUAUUGUAUCAAAGGAAGUGAAUGCUGAUGCUGAAGCAAACUAUGGAAAGGAUGGCCUUUAUUAUUUCACAAGUCGUUUUGAAUUCAUUCCUUGUAGGGAAGAUUUGGGGAAGGCAUUAACUUGUGAAUUCCAGCAUGGAAGUAUCACUGGGUCCAGAAGAAUUGAAUGUGUACUGAAUCAGUUAGUGUCUCCACCAUUAGUAAAAUACAUAAAAAGUGAACCAGAACUCCCAGAGGUAGGAAAAGAAGCAACCAUCAUAUGUCAUGCAUAUGGCUUCUUUCCAAAGGAAACGUUGUUCAUGUGGUUCAGAAAUAAUGAGAGAGCUGAUGACGCAGGAAUCACUUUUACUGAACCUCAGAAAGAUGAGCAAACUGGCUUCUUCUACUGUGAAAGUCGAUGGAGAUUAUUAAUUAAGCCAGAAUAUCACCAGAUGGAAUUCAAAGUUGAGGUUCUACAUUUCCCAACUUCUCACAAGCCUUCAAGAUCUAGUUUCGUCCUUCAUCUUGGAGGAAUUCCAAUAGUUUCUGACAUCGUUGCAGAGCCAGAAAUUUCAUCCUAUGGAAAACGUCUUGUUCUUAAAUGCCAUGUAAAAAAUUUUUCAGGAAAUGUAUCCUCUGCCAGAUGGCUAAUGAAUAACAAGUAUGUCUCUAGUGGAGUCACAACCACAGAGCCUCAGAAGGAAGAAAGUGGCUAUUAUCAGUUAUUUUCCAGCAUGGAGUUAACGCCAACCGCUUUGGAUUAUAAUAAGGAAGUUGUAUUCGAACUGAUGCAUAAAGCCUCACCCAAUCCCAUUCAAAAGCAGCUGUGUUUGAAGCUUCCAGGUUUUCCUCCUACUCUGUCGGAAAUCAAAUGUAACCCAAUGAAACCAGAGAAAAACAAAGUAACAACUUUCACCGUUUCACUGACUGAUUAUGCACCUCAAGAAAUUGAAAUUAGGUGGUUUAAAGAAAAGGAACCCUUCAUGGGUCAGGCGGCUCAUACUAAGCCUGAAAUUGCUGAAAAUGGUCUCUUCUCAUCUCUAACAAGUAUAGAAUUUACACCAGUAGAAUCUGAUAAUGGGAUAGGAAUCAGAUGUGAGGUUUAUCACCCAGAAACACAAGAAUUUAAGGAAAAAAAUUUGUGUCUGGCAUUCUGACAUAAAUAUAAAG